AUGGCAUCAGAAAAGCGUUUACGGCAAAUAUCCCAAUCAAAACCUCGUCCUCCCACGGUCCCAAAACGGUCUACCAGCCUGCGCCGGGCUUACAACUACUUCUUCCACCCCGACUCUCCACAGAAACCCGUGCCUCAAAAGAAACCUCCGGGAGGACGGCAGUCUGAUCCAUCCGACUCCACUCGAGCCAAGAGCCUCGAGGAGGAACUGAUACAAUGUCGUCAAGAUCUCGCAGAGGCCCGAGAGAUGGUCAUCAGUCAAGACAAAGAAUUGACCAUUCUCGAGCAAAACGCCCAGAGAUUGGAAGCCGAGUACAGAGAGAAGGAGGCAUCGUUACGACGACAAAAAGCUUCCUUGGAGGAGAGCAUGGUUACUGAAAUCGUCCAACAGAUCAAGGAUGCACAAAAGGCUGAAGGUGAUGCGGUCAGAGAGGAAUGCAACCGAGAGCAUCAAGCUGCAUUGGACGGUGUCCACCACAAAUACAGGUCAAGAGUAGCCAUUCUGGAAAAGGAGCUGCAAGAUUCUCGGGCGGGAAAUGAGCAACUCAAGGCCGACCAUGAGAACCAAAUCACGUCUCUUCGCACAGAGGCCGAGACUCUCGCGGCCAACCUGGAGGCCGCCAAAGCCUCCAUCGCCGACACCACCGAAGCGUUGAAGAAUGUCCAAAACGUGUCAGCAGCAGCUCUGGAAGAGUCUGAAAAAGCACACACCACCCUCCGAGCGGACCUCGAAGCCCAGAUUCUCUCUCUCGGCCAGCAGUUGACAGAGGCUCGUGAUGGAUGGCAAAAUGCACAGGAGAGCUUUGAUGAUGCUACCAAACGACAUGAAAGUCUCCAGGAGACUUCAUCAAAAGCUCUCGAAGAAGCCAAUCAGUCGCUGGCAUCGAUUCGGGCAGAAAUGGAGGCUCGAAUGGAGGCACACACAGCUGAGCUCACCGAGGUCAAGAAUGCUCUUGACGCUGCAUCUCAAGAUCGGGAAACCGAAAAGUCGGCCCAAAUGAUCCUUCAAGGUGAUUUGACGACGGCGAGAAACCAGAUUGCGGAGCUUACCGCCCGUCUCGAGGGCUACGAAGAGUCUAAGGAAGCUUUGUCCGCUGCAGAAGCAAAAGCUACAGAACUGACAAAUGAUCUCGAAGACUAUUCAGCCACCAAGACCGCUCUAGCGACAUCUGAAGCCAAGGUUGCUCAACUCUCUGCAGAUCUGGAGGCGUAUGCUCAGCUCAAAGCAGAACUCGAAAGCGAAAAGGAACGCACGGCUGGACUCUCGAAAGACAUAGAAGAUCAUUGCGCCACAUUGACGGAGCUGCAACAAAAACAUCAGGACGCGGAAACACGUGCCAUUGAAGCAGAGGGAAAACAUCAGUCUUUGAUGGACGAAAUUCAGUCAUUGAAAGACGGCUUGACCCUGGAAACUUCUAACCUCGAAGCUGUCAGGAAAGAACAUGAGCAACUCAAGCAGCAUCUCGAAGCUACUUCAGCAUCUUAUCAAGAAUCCCAAGCUGCUUUAGAACAGGCACGAGAGAAGGUGUCACAUUUGGAAGAGAGGAACCGCAAGUUAGAAUCUGAAAUUGCUGCUCUCGACCAGACGAAGCAGGCUGUCAACGAUCUUGAAGCGGACAAAGCUAAGCUGAUUGAAGAACUCGAGGCUUUGCGGACUGAAUCAGGCUCAUCGGGAGAACGGAUCUCUUCAUUGCUGACCGAAAAUGCCACCCUGACACAGGAGGUGGAGACCCUCAAGGCUGAGACAGCGAAACUAUCCGAGCUUGAUGCCGAGAAGGCGAAGCUAGCGGAAGAGCUCGACGUGGCCGAGACAGCGAAGAAGGAACUUGAAGAGAAGCUCGUUCCAUUGGAAGCGGAGAAUUCGAAGCUUGCUUCUGAGCUCGAAGAGGUCAAGCAAUCUGCACAUACUUAUGAUGAAGAGCUUUCCCGGGCGACAACAGCUAAAGCCGAGGCCGAGAAGAAACUUGAAGAAGCGGAGACAGCCCAACAUGCCGCAGAAGAAAAAUUUGCGCAGCUUGAGGAACAGAUACACACCCUCGAUGGAAAACUGGAAACUGCCGAGAAUGCAAAGGUGGCAGCUGAAAGCCUGGUCAAAGAGCUCCAGGAUGCGGAUGAGUUGUCCAAGGAUAAGGUAGAGAAGGAACUUGCGUCCGCUCACGAUGCUCUCGAGAAAGUCAAGGAAGAAUCUCAACAUACCGUGGCGGAAUUGGAGGAGAAACUUGCCGAAUCCCAAGACGCCCAAAAGGCUGCUGAGGAGGCCUUGGUCAAGGCCAGGCAAGCGUCUGAGGCAUCGACGGAUCUCGAGACGAAACUCGCUGAAGCAGUGGCUGCCCAGGAAACCGCCCAGGAGGCGCUCGAGAAGAUGCGAGAGGAAGUCAAAUCGGCCAAAGAGACUCAAAGCACCCUGGAGUCGAAAUUAAGACUUGCGGAGGGCAUUAGAGCCGAAGCUGAAAACAGUGUCAAAGAGGCAGAGGACGUCAAAGCCGAUCUGGAGGACAAACUGAAAGCCGCCGAGGUCGAAAAGUCCGAAGCUGAGCAGAAUCUCCACCGCUCGACGGAAAAGCUCCAACAGAUACAAGUUGAGCUGGAGUCGGCGAAUCAGGAAAAGAAUAGUAUCAUGGAGAAGUCUUCCAAUGAACUGGAGUCUAAAGGGGCUGAACUCAAAGCCGCGCUUGAGUCGAAGUCGGAAGCUGAAGCCCGUGUCCAAGAAAUCGAAGCUCAGCUCGAAGCAUCUAAGGCCGAAGAUGAGACUUCGCAACAUCAUCUAAAGGAGCUGGAGUUGGAGCUUGAAUCCAUGAAGGCGAAAGCCCUCGAUAUCAACCAAAUCUCGGAGGAUCUGGACGCCAAAGACCAAACAAUCAAGGCCCUCACUUCUGACAAGGAGGAAGCCGAAGGUCAACUCAAGGACGUGGAGACGAAGCUUGACUCUCUGCACACCGAACUGGAGUCUCUCAGGGCUUCUCAUGAGAAGGCUACUGGUGAUGUUGAUGCGAAGGAGCAAGAAAUAAAACGGCUAUCUCAGCGGAAUGCAGAAGAAGUCGAGGCUCUCCAAGCACAGAUCAAGGCCAAAGAUGAUGAACUCAAAGCUUGGAAGCAGAAGAUGGCGGACGAUUCGGACACAGACAAGGUCAAACCAGAUACAACGGCGGCACAUGGUCCGGAAGAUGAUGACACGACUUCUGCAGUGGCCAUCGUAAAUGGUGGAAGUGGUGAGAAGGGACAGGAGAAAGACAAUGAGGCCAAAACAUCAGCGGGCGGCGAGCCUGAGCCUGUCAAGACGGAGGGAAAAGAACCGGCAAAAGCAGAGGCUGAUGAUUGA